CGUAAGACUUAAGUUGAAAUAAGAUCGAGCCUUUUCUUUAAGAGCAAUAGCAACAGACUCUGCUGUCCUCCAAGUAGACAGAGCUUUUUCUUUGAGAGCAACAGCCUCUCUCUCUCUCUCUCCAUAUACAAUGGCUCGUCAUGCCAUCAUGUUCCUUGUGCUCGCCCUGAUUCCUUCCUCAAUCGGUGGGAUUAGCUUCAAUUUGACAGAUUUUCCUCCGAAAGUUCCCGAGAUCAAUUUCUUCGACGAUGCUGAGGCGUCGGACCCGAGCACCUUAGCGCCGAGCUUCAUCAAUAUCACCAGCAACCCGACGAGCCCAAACAAUAACACGUUCAGACAAGGCCGGGCCGUUUACAACAAGCCUGUCCCUCUCUACGACUCCAGUGGAUCCGUCUGGGAGUUCACCACCCACUUCAAGUUUGUCAUCGAUGGCCUCGGAAACCCCAAAACCGGCGACGGUAUGGCCUUCUUCCUUGCUCCCUUCAACUGGUCGCCGCCGAUGAACUCCACCGGCUGUUGGCUGGGCUUGUUCAAUGAGACCACCAAUGGCCUCAGCACCAACCACGUCGUGGCCGUCGAGUUCGACACAUUCCAAAACGCUGAAGAUCCAAACCCCCAACACGUGGGGAUUGACGUUAAUGGCGUCUACUCGAACUUUACCGUCCCAUGGCAAUGGGACUCCACUAGAAAAUUGAAUGGAGAAGCGACGGUUGUUUACAACCAUACGGAGGGGACUCUCUCUGCCACCUUGGUUUAUCAAAAUGGCUCCAAGCGAAGCAACAUCUCUCGGCCCAUCGACCUCACAACUGUCCUCCCAGAGAACAUCUUAAUUGGCUUCUCAGCAGCAACGGGACAUUAUACAGAGCACCACUUCAUCUUGUCCUGGGAUUUCACGUCCACGGUCUCUGGCACUAGAAUAGGGAACAUUAAGUCCAACGACAAUAACAAGAACAAAAACACGAACAACAAGCUGAUCAUUCCACUGGCUGCUUGUUCUGCUGCAGUAGUAGUAGUGCUUUUUGGAGUUCUUGUGACUACUUUAGUUCUUAAAAGGAGGAAGAGGAUUACACAGGAAGAGAUGGUAGUAGAGGAAGAGGAGGUGGGUGUAGCGGAGGAUGAGGGUGCUGAGUUGUUGGAUCUUGCGACGGGGCCGAGGAGGUUCAGCUAUGCAGAGCUUGCCGUGGCCACCAAGAACUUCAACGAGAAGUGGAAGCUUGGGCAAGGUGGAUUUGGUGGGGUUUAUUUUGGCGUUCUGCCGGAUAACGGCAAGGAGGUGGCGGUGAAGCGCUUCUGGAGAGGUUCAAGCCAGGGGAAAAAGGAGUUUUUCGCCGAGGUCACCGUGAUCAGCCGGCUGCGGCACCGGAAUCUCGUGCCGCUGACCGGCUGGUGCCACGACCGGGGCGAGCUGAUGCUGGUUUACGACUACAUGAACGGAGGGAGCCUGGACGUGCACCUCUUCAAGCCCAAGGCCGGGGAAGUCAUGCCUUGGGAUCGGCGAAGGAAAGUGGCCCUCGGCCUGGCUUCGGCGGUUCUGUACCUGCACGAGGAGUGGGAACAGUGCGUGGUCCACCGCGACAUCAAAUCCAGCAACGUGAUGAUCGACUCGAAGUUCUGUCCGCGCCUCGGCGACUUCGGCCUGGCCCGGCUGGUCGACCACAGCCGUACAGCACAAACAACCAUGGUGGCCGGAACCAUGGGGUACCUUGCGCCGGAGUGUGUGAGCACCGGAAAAGCAACCAAAGAGAGUGACAUGUACAGCUUUGGGGUUGUGUUGCUAGAAAUAGCUUCCGGCCGGAGUGCCACACAGACGAUAGGAAAAGAAGAGGUGACGUUGGUGGAGUGGGUUUGGUCUCUGUUCGGUGCCGGCGCGUACAUGGAGGCCGUGGAUGAGAGGCUGGGCUCUGAAUUCGUUGAGAGGGAGGCGGAGUGCUUGAUGACGGUGGGCCUUUGGUGUGUGCACCCAGACCAAAAGAGGAGGCCGAGUAUGAAGGAGGCAAUCCGUGUGCUCAACUUACAGGCCGAGCUGCCAAGGCUGCCGAGGGGGAUGCCGGUACCAGUCUUCUGGUCGCCGCCUGUGGUUGGGUUUGAUGAGCAUCAGCAGAUUAGUGAGCAGGGUUCGUCUAUUAGUGGGGGAAGUGAUGGAAGCGAGAAGCCGGAAACAAGACCCUGAUAUUUCUGGAAGUCAUGGCUGCGAAGUUAAAGCUAGUGAAUUUCCUGGAUAUCGGCGAGCUCCACUCAAAAUCAUGCACCAAAAUACGUCUUCAUCCUCCAUGGCCAAUGAUUAAAGAUGGUCGACAGCUCAAAGAAGAAGGGGAAGUCUUAAGACGAAAACGCUCAACAUCACUUCGGAGUUAGACCUUCAUAUUCUUGUAACACUUACGGAUAUUGACCUUGUGUUUUGUAUUAACUCUGUAUAGAUGCCAGUUUACUUGAACCAAUUGGAGAUCACAUUGUAGAACGAAGCAAAACAGUACAUCAAGAUAUUGGUCUUGCGGCACAAGACUUGGGAUACACCAGCUAUAUAUAGAA